GUAGGGGAGUUCGUGGAUGUGCAUGGCAUCGAGGAUAGCAUCGUGCGUUGCAACCGCUGCUGUCGCACGGCAAAAGAGUGCAACUACAGGAUCAGGGCGAAGGGCCAGUCGACUUACCAGUGCGACGCGUGCAACACGAACGGGGUGCGCCUUUCUCGGAGGUUCGGACAGUGGCCGCCAAAGUGUUUCGCCAAAAUGAAGAGUGAGUUCAAGCAGCAGUUCUACAAGGAUCUGGCAGAAGAUCCUGGGCUGUCGAACCUCGAUCGCAUUGAAGCCUUCGUGGUCAGCUCAAUCACUGUCCAACGGAUGGAGGAGGAGCGCGUCCGCAAGGGUGGCAAGUACCUUCCGCUGAGGAAGUGGGCGCACGACGGCUUCGACGCGAAAAAGAUUGAAGAUAAUGUGCAGGAUAAGAGGUGGAACCCUGAUCUCGGGGAGUGGACGUACAGGCCGCAAUUGGAGGCGGCCUGGAGCGAGACAGUGGAGGCCGCAGUGCGCAACGAGCUGUACACCGAUAAGAGGACGCAGGCGAAGCAGAGCGGCCCGCGGGCAGCGGCCUCGACGGGCGUCGCAGAGCACGGCGGCGACAAGGGCGACAGAAGCGACGAGAGCGACAUGUCCAGAUCCAGGAGCCGCUCGCGCGGCGACCGCGACAGGAGCAAGAGCCGCCGCAAGGGCAGGAGCAAGAGCCGCGGCAAGAGCAAGGACAGGAGCAAGAGCAGGGAUAAGGACGCUGAGAAGGAGCGGAGGCGACAGGAAGCGAGGGAGAAGGCCGAGCAGGCCAAGAAGGAGACGCAGGAGAAAAACCUGGCGCUGAAGUGGAUCGGCACCGCAACGAGGCUCGAGACAGAGCUGGACGGGUACCUCGAGCAUGAGAAGGCGGACAAGGUGCCGUCAUGGGCUGUGAAGAACGCGAAGGCGGCGAGGAAGUCUGUGGCAGUCAUGAAGGCGGUGGCGCAGAAGCGCGUGCACAGCGGCGUGGCGUUGACGAUCACGCAGGACGAGGCCAUCAGCAUCCAGAAGGAUGCGAGCUCGGCGGCGAGGGCCAUCGCGGGGAUGCUCAAGGAGGCGCAGAAGCACAGCACCUGA